AUGUUUCCCGAUGCGGUGGCCCACAUCGGGACGGGCGACGUCCUUGGCGUCCACACCCGGAGAUUCCUCAUGGCGAAGCCUUUGGAUUUAGGCCAGGUGAGGGGAAGCUUCCCCGCACUCUCGGCAGGUCAGAUCUUCUUUGAUAAUGCUGGUGGCACUCAGAUCCUCGGGACCGUUGCUGAGAGCAUCCGGGACUACCUCCUCAACACCAACGUCCAGCUGGGAGCCAGCUAUCGUGUAAGCAAGCUCGCGACAGAGCGCUAUGAACAAGGAUAUGCAGCUGCAGCAGAAUACAUUAAUGCUUCUCGCGACGAAAUCGUCAUUGGGCCGUCUACAACCCAACUCUUUCGCAAUGUCUCCUACGCCCUUUGCUUCGACCCAGGAGAUGAAAUAAUCGUGUCUAUCCUCGACCAUGAGGUCAACAUUGCUCCAUGGGUUGACCUCGCUGCCCGUCAGAACCUUGUCCUCAAGUGGUGGAAGCCAAGUACUGAGACCCCUGAGGACAGGACAAACCCCAAGUUGCGACCUUCUGAUCUUGGGGACCUUCUGUCAGACAGGACCCGACUGGUAACCUGCACACAUGCAAGUAACAUCCUCGGGACAAUCCAUAAUAUCAAAGCGAUCGCUAAAGCUGUCCAUGAUCGAUGUCCCAAGGCAUUGGUUUGUGUCGACGGCGUGGCAUAUGCACCACAUGGCAAGAUCGAUGUCAAAGAUUUGGGUGUGGACUUAUACUCCUUUUCUUGGUACAAAGUCUUUGGCCCCCACAUCUCCAUCCUCUACAUCUCUCCUCCUGCUCUUUCCCAACUCCGUUCUUUAAGCCCAAGCUUCAUCUCUGCCCGCACAGCAGAGCAGAAGCUCGGUCUUAAUGGUGCUAGCUAUGAACUAGUAGCCGCACUUGCCGUAGUGACAGCGUAUUUCUCCGAAAAGUCCAAGUGGGACGCCAUCGCUGCCCAUCAAGAGACAUUACAGUCCGCUUUGCUCGACUACCUUGCGUCCAAGGGAGACGGUGUUACUGUUUGGGGAGAACGUAGUGCUGAUCCAACUAUUCGUGUGCCGACUGUGAGCUUCACGGUGAAGGUCGAGGAAGUCAAGGAACUCAUUGAUACCUUUGAUAAAAUACUUGCUACCAAGACGUAG